AGAAGAGGAAAUGGAAUGGGGGAAGGUUGGAGGCGGAGAGAAAUAAAGAGGGAGACGGGCGGAGGGGAGGGGGCCUAGGAUCCAGUGGCGGCCCUGGGGGAGCGGUCUAGCGCCGGGGAACAAGAAGUAGGUGUGCAGACCCUGAAGAAGCAGUCACGAAUUGGAGGGGAAUUUCUUAACCAAGAGUUAAGAGAGAAGCCUGGAGCUUGUGGCCGAGGCCCGACUGUACCCGGCCGGUAGGAGAGAGGUCUUUCCCGUGGAGGAGGAUAGUGGGGAAGGGGAGAAGAGAGACCUGGAGGAUGUUGGGCAGGUUUGGUAAGGAGGGAACUAAACCCAGUCAGAUGACCCUUCUCCAGACUUAGAUCAGCCUUUCCAGAGUUCCUAUAGCAUCUGCCCCAAUUUCAGCUGAAGACUCAGGGGCCCCAGGGACUGGAAGAAAUCACAGUGCCCGCUUGGAAAGAAGAAGAGGUAGCGACUUGCCCCAGCUCAACCCCAGAGCGGAGAGCCCUGUUACCUGGGGUCAGCAAGCUGGACUCCCUGGUUGGCAGGGGGCAUGCUGCACUUCCACCUGGCAUGGUUUUCAGAUGGGAGAAAGCCCCCGAGGCUCUAGUGGAGCUGUUGGCUAGAGGAAGUGGAGGGGCCGUGGGAUGCAGAGAGCCGAGGGCUAACUCUGGGACAGCGGAACAGAGAGAGCUGCCGACGAUCAGACGCAGGUUGAGGAGCCCUCACCUCCCAGGAUGACCAGCGCAGCCCCUGCUAAGAAACCGUACCGUAAGGCCCCACCUGAGCAUCGGGAGUUGCGGCUGGAGGUUCCUGGAUCCCGGCUGGAGCAGGAGGAGCCCCUGACCGAUGCAGAGAGGAUGAAGCUGUUGCAGCAGGAGAACGAGGAGCUCCGCCGGCGCCUGGCCUCAGCCACCAGGCGCACCGAGGCCCUGGAGCGCGAGCUGGAGAUCGGGCAGGACUGCUUGGAGCUGGAGCUGGGCCAGAGCCGCGAGGAGCUGGACAAAUUUAAGGACAAGUUCCGCAGGCUUCAGAACAGCUACACGGCUUCCCAGAGGACCAACCAGGAGCUGGAGGACAAGCUGCACACACUGGCCUCUCUUAGCCACAGCUGGAUCUUUGCAAUCAAGAAAGCGGAGAUGGACAGGAAGACGCUGGACUGGGAGAUCGUGGAGCUGACCAACAAGCUGCUGGACGCCAAGAACACCAUCAACAAGCUGGAGGAGCUCAAUGAGCGGUACCGGCUGGACUGCAACCUGGCUGUGCAGCUCCUCAAGUGCAACAAGUCCCACUUCCGCAACCACAAGUUCGCCGAUCUGCCCUGUGAGCUACAGGACAUGGUUCGGAAACAUCUGCACAGUGGUCAAGAGGCUGCCAGCCCGGGCCCCGCCCCUAGCCUGAUGCCAGGGGCUGUGGUACCCACCUCGGUCAUUGCCCGGGUGUUAGAGAAGCCAGAGUCUCUACUGCUCAACUCAGCCCAGUCAGGCAGUGCCGGGCGCCCCUUGGCCGAGGAUGUCUUUGUGCACGUGGACAUGAGUGGGGGGGGGCCGGGUGACCCAGCCAGUCCCCCAGCCCCUGGCAGCCCCACCUCACAACCCAAUGGGGAAUGCCGCUCCCUGGGCACUGCUGGGGGCUCCCCAGAGGAGGAGUUGCCCCUGCCAGCCUUUGAGAAGCUGAGCCCCUACCCCACCCCAUCUCCACCACACCCGCUGUAUCCUGGCCGCAAGGUAAUCGAGUUCUCUGAGGAUAAGGUGCGAAUCCCCCGCAACAGCCCCCUGCCCAACUGCACUUACGCCACCCGCCAGGCCAUUUCCCUGAGCCUAGUGGAGGAGGGUGGUGAGCGGGCCCGCCCCAGCCCAGUGCCCAGCAGCCCUGCCUCGGCCCAGACCUCCCCCCGCCACGAGCCCAGCCCUGUCCCCCCGGCACUCAGUGCCCCGGCCAGCUCUGCCAGCUCUGAGGAGGACCUGCUAGCCAGCUGGCAGCGAGCAUUUGUGGACCGCACUCCACCCCCAGCCGCCGUGGCCCAGCGCACAGCCUUUGGACGUGAUGCCCUCCCUGACCUGCAGCGCCACUUUGCUCUUAGCCCCACUGACAGAGAUGAGGAGGUUCUGGUGCCUUCUUCCCCACCUGGUGAGAGUGGGCUUUUGCUGCCAACAGAAGCUGAUUCUGGCCUUCCCAGGGAGGAGGAAGAAGAGCUGAACCUGCCCAUCAGCCCUGAGGAAGAACGCCAGAGUCUGCUGCCCGGUGAUAAUGGCACAGAUCAGGGGCCUGUCACUUCCCACACUGACGGCAGGGCCUGGGCACUCCCCAGCUCCAGCCGUCCCCAGCGCAGCCCCAAGAGGAUGGGGGUGCACCACCUUCACCGCAAGGACAGCCUGACCCAGGCCCAAGAGCAGGGCAACCUGCUCAACUAGGCCCCCCCCCCCCCCCCCCCCGUCACCCUCCUGCCCCUGCUGCUCUGCUCCCUGUGCAGUGGUGUCAGGUGGGCCACGCCAGGCCUUGUAGCUGCGCUGCCUGUGACUGGCACCAGCUUGUCUCAUGGCUUUUCCCUUUUCUUGGAAUAUUUAUUCCCCAAGGGUAACAUGCAGCUGGGGCCCAAGACCUUUCUUCCAGUUGGCCCAAGUUGGGCUGUUCUGGGCCGCGGAGGGGUCUAUCGUAUCAGUGUUCAUCUUCCAUCCCACUUUCGUACCCGCAAGUUUUAUUUUUUGUGGUUCCCCCCUCCCACCCCGGGGUCGGGAGGGGGACGUCGUCGGGGACGAUUAACCUCUAAUUUCUAUUUUCUGCCUGUUUUCCUCUCCCCUCAAGUCCUCUGCACGAGCUGUUGCCUUCAAGGGGCCCUUGGGGGAUGAGGGAGAGGACUCACUCAGGGCUCGCCUCAGCUGUGUCCAUCCUCCCUCUGGAAGGGAGGAGAGGGAGGGAUUCAGGGGCCUCAAGCUGGGCUCUAGGUGAGGCCUGGCCCCCUCCCGACCUUGGCUCUAGACUGUUACUCCCAGCUUUGGGAAGUUUUCACAUCGAUGACUAUUUUAAAAUUAAAACUAUUUUACUGA